ACGUUUGUAUUCAGACCACAGAUCGUGCCUGUAAUAACUUAUCAUCUGUGUUUGAUGUUGAAGUAACCAAGAUGUCAUCACUAAAUAUAACUACGUAGACAUGUAGUCAUCACUAAAACGGAUAUUGUAAAUAUAACAUACUGUUAGCAAACCUAUUGUGGAAAAAUGACUUGCAUAUCCUGAGCCUUUCCCUGUGUAUCCCAUGGGAUGUAAAGCUGUAUUGUUAUCAACUUCCCUUUUUAGGUGGCACUGCUCACUCUUCAGUCAAGACCAUAAAGUGAUAAAAAUCUGUUGUAAACUGAACGGGCAAACAGUAGUCCACACUCAUUUUCUAUGAUUGUUAAUGAUGACAUGUAACAAUAAAUUGGUGACAGUAGGAAAGUGAAAACCUUCCAUUGAUACAGUAUAAAAUAUAGGUACUACUUCCUUAAAAUCCUUCACCCGCUCUUUCCCACAUCUGGCCCUCCCUUUCCAUAACGGCCCUCCCUGUGUCCUUGUGCUCUUGCCCCUCCUUUUGUCAAGUAUCAACAGGCAAACUUUAGAAGUCCACGCCCCUGCACACUCAUGCACAUGCUUACAGUAGCAGCAGCUCGGACGAGAACUGCACCAAUACCGGGAUCUACUUUGCAGGACAGAUUUUUUUUUUUUUCCACUUUUGUAUUGGAUUUGCGGAGCCACCAUAGGAAUGAGAUUGAGAGUUGUGCUGCAGUGAUAAUAUACACAGGAGUGUGGGAUGACUGUGAACACGCUGCUCUACUGAUUGUGAGAUUAAUAAGGAGUGGCUGCUGUGGUUGUUACUCAACAUUUGGAGCGUCAACACACAGGCAACAAUGGACCUGACGUUGUGGCAGUACCAGUUCAGGAUCAUCAUGCUGGGGGAUUCCACGGUGGGCAAGUCCUCCCUGCUGAAGCGCUACACUGAAGACUUGUUCCUGGAGUCCAUCAACCAGACGGUGGGUGUAGACUUCUAUGUUCACUUCCUGGAGGUGGAGCAGGGGGUCCGUGUUAAGCUGCAGUUCUGGGACACAGCUGGACAGGAGAGGUUCAGGUCAGUGACCCGUUCUUAUUACCGCAACUCGGUCGGAGGCCUGCUGGUGUUUGACAUGACCAACCGAGCCUCCUUUGACCAUAUUAAGGAGUGGCAUGCUGAGGUGUGUGAGCGAGUGCAACCACAUAAGGUUCUGUUCGUCCUGGUGGGCCAAAAGAGUGACCGAGAUGAUUCCGGAGAGCGGGUGGUGAGUCGGGAAGAGGCUGAGAAACUGGCCGGACAGCUAGGGAUGCCGUACGUGGAGGCCUCUGCCAAGACAGGCCAGAAUGUGAGGGGGUGCUUUGAACUUCUCACAAGACGGGUGUAUCAGGGUCUUUUGAGUGGUGAGGUAGAGCUGCAAGAGGGCUGGGACGGAGUUAAGUGCGCUGCCCCACAGUCGCUGCAGUUACAGAGAGCCAGCCUGGCUCAGCCAAGCACAGCCCCCAAGAACAAGAAGAACUGCUGUGGUUAAACUGUAGACUGCCGAUGGUCACCUGUUCUUGGAAUGGUGGUGAUAUUUUAAUGUAAUGUGUGACCAUCAGGAAACGCACUGAGUUGAAAUGCAUUUUUUUGCACCUUUAUUGUGAAGAUAACAUUUUUAAAACUUAGCAGGAGACUGAUUUGAAAAAUUUUGUGACCUUAUAUGUAGAAUAUGUUGACAUUCCUAAAUGGGUAAAUAUUUAGCUUACUUAAGAAAUAAAGGUUUUGAGUAAUUGUUAUUUAUUAUACAUGCUACAGUGACACAGGUCAGGUGGUCUACCACUUUGGACAGAAAUACCUCUAAAAAAUAGAAACUACUAGAUGGAUUGCCAUGAAAUUUUGCACAGACAUUCAUGGUCCCUUGAGUAUUAUUUUGAUCUGACUAGUGAUCCUCUGACUUGUUCUCAACACCACCUUUAGGUUGACAUUUGUGAUUUUCGAGGGAAAUCCUACUAUUGGAUGGAUUCCUUUUAAAAUUUGCAAAUGUUCAAGGUCCCAUGUCUGAUGGUUAACUAAAGAUAGCUGCAAAACUCACCAUUCCCCCCAUAUGGGCUUGGUGUUAUCGCUAAUUAGCAAUGUUAGCAUUGCUAACAAGAUAAAUUAAGAUGGUGAACCUGGUAAAUAUUACCUGCUAAACAUCAGCAUGUUAGCAUUGUCUCUGUGAGCAUGUUAGCUUUGUGACAGUAGCAUUUAGCUCCAAUGGGCUGUAGAAUUUUGGUUAAAUGCAAUAUUCAUAGGUUUUUGUUUAAGACUUUUAAAAGGUCAGCAUAAAAGUUUGUGCUCUCUUCUGUGAGUCACUAGGCUCACAUCUUAUCAGACUAUUGUUACAUGGACUAACGAGGUCAUUCCACCUUAGCUGUGUAAGAAAAGUGGUUGUAUAACAUCUAGAAACUGGAGCUUUUCCCUUUUUCAGUUUAAUAGGUGCUAAAGAUGAGACAUCGUCCCUACCACUGAUUUUCGUACCUCACGACCCGUGCACUGGAAAAAUGGUUCCAACCUGGAGGUCUGGCCCUCACAAGAUAUGUGAGGGGAUCACAUUUGGUAUUUUUAUCGCUUUUAAUUAAUAUUUGGUUCCCGGGUCAUGACCAGACUUAAGUCAUAACUUGUAACAACUUGUAAAUACAUCUGGUUUAUUUUUGAGAGGUCACAACCCAAAAGAUUCAGAGCCACUGCACUACAAGGACAUUCUGCUCUUUCAUCAGAACCCAUGGACAUAAAUCUAUGAUUCUUUUAUGUGUUGCUGUUGUCCUAUGAAUAACUGGCAGGAGUUAAAGUAUUAGGUCCCCUGGUUGAGAUUAUAAACAUCACCAUAGGCCUUUAUGUGAACUAAUCUCUUGGGCCUGAGUAGUUGUCAGGAAAAAGCUUUGUUGAAUCACCAAUAAUUGCACAGCAUCCUGCGAGUAAGUGAUUGUUUUUAGGUUCUGUCGUUGAAAUUAAUUAAAUGAAAACUCUAGGGUGCCUUUGGAUAUUGUUCUUUUGAAAUGUGAGAGGUUUCCAUAGCAAUUACUGUUCAUCCGGCUGAUGAACAACCUCCUGUGUUUCUGCAACAAAAAUGCAGACAAUUUAUUUUACUAAAAUACAGAUUCCCUGAUAGGUUCUCGCACUGUUGUCUGUAUACUGGUUUGUGUCUUUGGUUCACUGCAAACAUACAGCGAGUAAAAUCAUUUUUAUCUCAAUAUUUUAAACA